AUGGCGAGCUAUAUAUACGUGAUAAUAAUGUUAAAUAUAAAAUGGAUUAUUGAAGGUUCUGAAAUAAACGUAGCUCGACAGGCUUUGGAAUACGUGUUCAAUGUUCGGGAAGGGACAUGUGGUGCAGGAACUGGGGACGAGUUACCAUUACAGUUUGACGUUACAGCCUGGACUGAAUACGCAGAUACGGCCAUUAGUGGCCAUGAAAUGUUUUGUCCAUACGCAUACAAGAAAAAUGGGACGGUGCGGUCACAUGAUCUAUCAUUGAACUAUAAAUACCUCGAUCCUGACACAGAAUGGUACAACAGUCUGAAAAUUAAAGAAUGGUAUCAUGUCAAUGUAGUAACCGAUAGGAUAACGUACAGAGAAGACGACCAUCAACUCCCAGAACUGAAAGAGUCCUAUCCAAUAGCUACACUAUCUGAUGGCCACUGGACAUUGCCUUAUUUUGACUGUGGUGGUGGUAAUGUGUGGAUGGUGACCUAUUCAUCGCCAAUUUUUAGAUUAGAAAAAGGAUCAAUUUUAUUUCGAGGUGUAGCAACAAUCGACAUAGAACUAACAUAUAUGGAUAUCAACCAAUGCGACGGUAACAAAACUGAUAAGUCAUCUGGCCUUGAUGUCUUUCGUGGAACGCAUAGAUGUCAGUCUACUACAAAGUGUAUUCACAAGAAAGGGAAAGGCUUUGUCUCGGGGGCAUACAGUUGUGAGUGCAGAAAGGGAUACUUCUUCCCUGACAGUAAUCAUCCUACCCAAUCAUAUAAGGGGUCAGAAAUAGAAAGCUAUCUUAGACGGUUUGGCGUUAUAGAACCUGGGAUGUUUCAGUGUUCUGCAUGCACAGCCGGAUGUGUCACAUGUUUGAACGAUUCGCCCUGCUUGCAUUACCAUAACACUAUUUUGUCGAUUUGUCUAUUCAGUCUUACUGUGAUGUCUGUGUUAGGCAUUUUAACCUGUGCAGUUUUCACUUAUAUCAAUAGGAAGAAUAGUGUAAGUAUAACUUGUCGUAGUUCAUCACUACAUAGGAUCUCAUAAUUUU